AUGUCUGCUAAGACAAUUAUAAAGAACGUGACCGCAGAUCCUCCUGGUGAUACUGAGCAGCGAGAUGCCUCUGUAGUUGUCACAGACAUUGUGAUGCAGCCGAAUGCGAGCACGUACGAUCCGCAGACAACCCUUCCAUCGCUCAAGGUUUGUGCUGGUCCCAUUUGCUAUUCAACAGACCUGAAAACGAAAAUACUUGAUAGGCAGGGCACCACAGUACUACGAGAUGGCCUCUCAAACAAGAUAAAUCUGACCGACCUCCAGUGUCGAUCUAUCGUUCUGAUCAGCACCAGCACGGACCCCAAGCACUUGCUGCCUGUACAGAUGAAAAUAGGCCUGAACCCGGUGGAAACCUUUGAGUGCAGUGAGGCGCCACGCUACGUUCCCCCAAAACCCUUCAGACUACUAGAUUUGUGCGAAUCCGAAUCAUCGUACACGAAAGCAGUGCUUGCAAAUGCCACCGCACGGACGAGGGCUUUCGCGAAUCUGACCUGCAACAGUAACAAACCGGGAGUCCGUUUCACCGGGCUCACUAUGCACUUGCCCGAACAGAUGGAGAUACCGAGUGUGUUUGAAAUUCGGUGCUUCCUUCAUGACUGCCGAUGGAUGUUCCAGGUUAACGUGGAUCGCGACAAAUUGAAACUGAUUCCAAUAAAAAUAGGAAACGAUCUGGUAUUUGAUGCCGUUUCUCUUCAAAUUUGUCGCGGACCCAAAUGCUGGGCAGGGCCCUUCAACACAAGCAUAUUGGACACGAACAAUCACCUUCUGCGUGGCAAUCUAACGAAGGAACCGGUGUCUCUGCGUGGACUCUACUGCCGCAAUGAGGUCCACCUAGUUGCACAGGAGAAAGACGUAGAGGCUGAGCCAGUCAGACAUACGAUACAGCUGUAUCCUGUAGAACAGUUGAAUUGCAGUCAGACAGAUAUAUACAUCACUCCAGCCUCGGCAACUAAGCCCAUUCCUCUCUGCUCCUUCACAUCAGCCCAGCUGAGGGACACCUUUGACAAUGAGGACGUCUAUAACACAUUCUUUGAGGGCAUUCAAUGCACAAGUUCCGUCCCGGGUACCAGAUUCACCAAACGCCAUCUGCAACUUCCGACCGACAAUUUAUCAAAACAAAAUUAUACCAUUGAUUGCAAGCUGUAUGGAUGUCGGUGGGAGUUUCGGAUUUUCAAACAACCAGAAAGUGCGUGCAUUGUGUGUUGUUGUAUAUUUUUGCAUGUGCAUAAAUUAUGGCUGUCACUGUUAGGACAGUGGGCCCGUGGCUUGAUGAACAGUGGUUCUGGGUUCAAAUCACAGAUAAUUUACUGUUAG